GCGCCCGAGGGCUAUCUAGGCGCUGACCCUCAGGAUGUCAUAUAAUGCCCUCCCUGUAUCCGUGUAGUCUUCUAAUCCCCCACGUCCAUCUCUAGGCCCGCCGUCCACCAUGCCUUUCCGGAAGGGCCACUCGGCCCAGCCUGCAGCGUCGGUUAUGCCAGCCAUGGAAGGACCAAGAACUUUGGAAAGCGAGAAGGCAGCAGCCGCUGGAGAGGUGUUCGACGCGGUCCUGAAAAGCGCAGAAAAAGCGAUGAGGUCUGAGGCCGAAGAGCCGCCCCUGCAGCGCAAAGUCAACGCUUAUGAGGAUCGCGCAUUGAAGAACGUACCCCUCGAGACCAUCACCGCCAGUGGCGAUAACUCUGACGUGGAGGAAAUGGUGUCAUAUGUCGAGGGACAAGUUAGCCAUCUUGCUGAGAACUGUACCCUACUCCUGAAAGCACUCGACACCAUCUCGGAGAUCCAUCCCUUUGUCAAAGGGGCAGUCAUGGCCUUCAAGGCACUCAUCUCACUCGAGGCGAAGCGGCUAGAGAACAAUCGGAAGGUCCUCACGCUCAGGAUUCAGAUGAAAGAUAUGAUGGCAGCCCUACAGCAGUUACAACACAUAGGCGCCGACCAUACCGACAACGAAGGCAACACAAUCAGCGGCAGGCUUAAGCCGGUCAUGACAGCUAUCGCGCGCGAUAUCAUUGCAUGUGCCCACGAAUGCGACACGUACGCAAAGAAGCGUCUUCUUGCCAAAGUCUUCAAGAGUCCUAUCUACGAGCAGCGAUUUGUCGAAUUUGGCGAGCGCUUCGCCAGGCACCACCAGUCCAUAAACGUUGCGAUCGAAGUACAUACUACGAUUACCGUCACCGAGGUGAAGGGUAUGCUGGCCUUCAAUACCGAGGUUUUGAUGAAGGUCUUUCGCCGCCUUGAUACGCCGCGCGAGCGCGAGAUCAGGCGGGAGAUCGAGAAGAAUGGCGGACCAGAGAAGUGCGCGGACAAUGAUGUGGUGCUCGAACAGCUUGUGCGCAUCGGAGGUGCGACGAUGGGUGCUGACAAGCCGCACUCGAGGGAUCGGUCCGAGAUGCUCUAUCUCAAGAAAGAGCUUCAAGAGGACCUGGAUGAGACGCUUGGAAAGGGCCUAGACCGCUUUCUCGAGAAGCUGCGCUCGCUGAAGGAUGAAGUGACCGGCGCCCUCGAAGAAGUUCAGAAAUCCAUCCAGCGGCAGGGAGACCGAGUUGUAUACGAUUUAUCGAAGGGACCGCACGAGCGUGUAAACAAUCAGGAAAUUCAUGACCUUUGGAAGGAGAUGCAUUGGCGAAACAGCGUCAAAGCACACCACUUUACCCUUGCCCUCCGUGAUCAUCUCAUCGAGAAGUUCUAUGAAAAGCACGGCGGCGAGCAUGUUCACAAUGCAGGCAUCGAACCGACACAGGAGACGCAGGAGACACAGCAGGCUAGCUUGCCGCAGUCACCGGCGCAGGAGAUGCAGUCCGAGUCGCCGGAGGAUAUGGCGCAUGUCUUUGCUGAGCAACCUCAGGCUCAGGACAACGACGACGAUAACGGCGAAGAAUGGGCAAUCAAAGCUCUCACUGUUCUGACCGCUCAACCCAUCGCUGAGACCCUUGACGACGAUGGCACCGGCUUCAUUAGUACUUGGGAAGUCAAUUUCUUCACCUCGUCGCGGCCAGAGGAUUGGAGCUUGUUGCACUGGCUUGUAUACUGGGGGGAAGGUUGGUACGCGUCUCUGCGUGAAUAUCGUGAGAAGAUACUGCACACGAUGAAGAAGAUGUACAAUGCCCUCGACGGAUUGCACCAUGUCAAUCGCAGCGCCGUUGACAUGUACCUCGACCAUUACGCCUUUCGACGCGUCGAGCUACUGAUGCGGGGCCUGGAUACAUCUCGCCGGUGCGCAGACGAACGCAUCCUGCGGCGUUUAAGCGAGUACACGGACCGAGAGGAAGAACGCCUGACGCAGGCUCUGAAGGGGAUCAAGUACGAAAUUGAUGAUGCAUUCACGCUGCAGAGGCUACUAGUCAAGGGGCGCGGGCGAAUUGAGCGGUACAUCUUUCCGCUGCUACACCUCAUGCUACGACAUCAUCUGAAGCUCAUACGGCGCGGCAAGAACUUUCUAGUGGACGAACCCGAGCUCAUCAGGGCAUCGAACUCCUUGCUCCAGCUCAUGAAAGCAGUCGACGAGCGCGUAUUGAGACUCAAAGCUGCCAUGCGUCAUCCGCGUACAGAUGGUCACGCUCGAUUGACGACUUACGCCUUUGGAAUGCUACAGCAUAUUGUCAAUUCGGGGUUUACGGAUCCUCGACCGGAGGACAACUUACUACGUUCGGACGAUUCGGGAAGCUCUUACGAUGAAGAGGAGGAUAGCGAAGGGGACGACUCCUACAGUGAAGCUGGCAGCGGCAGCGACGGGGCGGAUGCAACUUCAGAAGCGGAGACAGCAGACGACGAAAAGGGGCCAACCGAAACCGGCAUGCUAGCCACCGCCGGCGCAGACUCGCCAAAGGACUCGGACGCGGACGUGACCUCGCUCGAGGAAGCGGACGCGGACUCGCCGGAGGAAGCGACAGACUGUCACAAGGAAGAUCUUGGUCAUUCUGACUUUGGUGGUCGUAAGCGACAGCCUAACGUACGACUGUCCUCCGAAUACGACGUGUCGGGAUACGACAUCGUGCCUUCGCCUCCCAGUACUGUUGAUUCUCCAUUGUCUGGAGCUUGGACAAGCGAACCAGCCAGCUACUAUCUGGGAAUGCAGCUCGGGGUCUUCUCCGGUAUACUCGCCAUUUUCAUAGGGCUGGGCGAGGAUGGCGCUAUCAGCGGCGUGGGUCGUUGUGCACCUUACGACUGCAGCAUUUCUGGCGCUCAGAAGAUGGAGGACUCCGGCAUCACAACGUUCAGCCUCACCAUCGACUUCCAGGCAAGGGCGUGGGUACCGUCCACUGCGUCCUUCUCGCUGACCCUCGAAGGGAGAUACGAUGACUCGUCCAAGUCAAUCGUAUGCUCUGAGGGUGCAGGCUUCGAGUGGACCUUCGUGAGGACCCCUGCGGACGUUUACGCAUCUCGCCACUACAUCGCGAAGGAGCGCUCGUACCGCGGGCUCUGGAAUUUCGCUAUCGCGGCUGUGCAAAGUCGCAUCCGCCGUCAGAGGCCAAUCCAGCGUCUGAAGCAGAUGCUCCACUACGUCAACCCUCCGACACAACAACGACCCGACGGCUCCGACACCCACGCCGCUGAUGAUUCUACAAAAGCCAAGGAAUCUGCGAGCACAGCUACCCCUAAAGAGGACGAAAGAGGUGGAGCGAUAGAAGAUACACGCGCGCUACUCUCGCCCGAAGACGCGCGUUUAUAUCAUUCCAUGGUUGCCUUUCGACGUGGGCAACUCCGUCUCCACUAUAAUGCAUGGUGCAACGCUUGCGAUAACAUGAUCGUGGGUGACCGAUAUGCGUGUCUGCAGUGUACCGAAGACGGGCUCAGCAACCAGAUUGACCUCUGUGCCGAUUGUCGUGACCAGACGCCGACGUACCACGCCCUCGUGCACAGUCCUGCGCACACCAUGGUCCGGAUUCGCUUCCACCUGCACAACAAGGACAAGAAGCUGGUUUACGACAAUGCUCGCAAGGCCCUCGAGCGGGUUAAGUAUUGCAUCGGCAGUCAACUCGACGCCGCCGCCACUCCUAAUCGAGAUCAGUCAGCGGCGCAGACGAAGGCAGGCUGUAUGAUACCCGAGUGCGUGCAAUGCGGUAAAGAAGGCUCGCUUCCUUGCUACUAUUGCUCGGGUUGCUGCGUCGCUUCAAUGGGAAAGGAAGACGUCUUUGGCUGCAAGGACUGCCUCGACAAGGGAUACCUCGACCGCAUCCAUACAUGCGCCCCCGACUAUCGGUACCACUUCUGGAUCCUUGUCCGAGAAGAGGCUAUACGUCCGGUAUUCACGUCUAUGGAGUUGCAGUUGAAGUCUCUGCAGAAGAAGUUCGAGGACUUGAGCACCCGCAUGGCGAAGCUGGAACUCUUCAAUGAUCGCAUGGAGGCUUUGGACCAGAAGUUGGACAAGGUCUUGGCGGCUCGGGAGUAGGAAUAAUCGAUUCCUCUUUGUACAGUAUGUUGCGUCUCGUACCCUAUGAUUAUUGUCGAUUGUC